ACAAAUAAAGCUGUUGACUCCCGAGAGACAACAGAAGAAAGAGAUGGAACCUCAUGAGUUAGUCGAGACAUACAAGAAGGUUCUGCCCAUCCUGGAUCUUAUGCAAGCCACCAAGAUUAAUUCAGGUGUGCACGUGGGCUCGGGUCUGAUUGAGUGGCUUCAGUAUGGCAGCCUGCUGGUUAAACUGGGCUAUCACAGAGAGCACACUGUCAUAAUGCACCGCUGCCAGGCUCAGCUUGCCACCGCUCCCUACCUGUCACAGAUCACCACUCAGCAGGAAAACACACUGUACAGCAAGUGGAAGUAUGCACCUAAAAGCUGGUCAAUGCUGGAGGUGGUGUUGGAAGUGCUGAUGGCAAAACUGUCCAUUUUGAACAGAUUUUUUGUGUAA